UUGAUCGUAAGCUUUCUGUGGAUAGUGUUAAGCUUUCCCAGCCUUUAUAUCAGACCAAAUGCAAAUGUGAGCAGGCAAAGAGAUAGUUGCAUUGAGUUCCAUGGGCAAAGGAAGCUUUCUCCCUUUCAUUCUCAUCCUCCUCCUUGUUGGGUUGGGAGAAAAGGCCUAUGCGGGUAGGCACUCGGUUAAUGCGUGUGCUAGUUGGAGAACCAGCGUGGAGAGUGGCAAUGCCAGGGGUUGGGAUGUGGUGCCUGCACCCUGCGUCUCCAACGUGGGUAAAUACAUGGAAAGGGGGCAAUACCAACUCGAUUUCAAAAUAGCCGUUAAAGAAAGCCUGGCUUAUCUUAAUGAUUUGGAGUUGGUAGGCGAUGGCAAGGAUGCUUGGGUUUUUGACAUCGACGACACAACAUUAUCAUGUCUGCCCUACUACAGAACCCAGCAAUAUGGGGGAGCGGUUUUCAAUAAUACGUCGUUCAACGAAUGGGUAGAUGAAGGAACGGCCCCUGCGUUGCCGUCAUCGUUGCAGUUGUUCAAGGCUUUGUUAAAGAAAGGCGUCAAAGUGUUCUUCAUCACCGGAAGAGACGAUGAAUAUCGUGAGCUCACAACGAAGAACCUUAUGACACAAGGUUACAUAGGAUUUGCGGGCUUAAUCAUGAGGGGCGACAGCGAGAAGGGAACGAAAGCAGUGGUGUACAAAUCGGAGAAAAGGGGGGAGCUUGUGAAGAAAGGGUAUCGGAUCUGGGGAAAUUGUGGAGACCAGUGGAGUGACAUAACUGGAAAUCAUGUGGGCUCUCGCACUUUUAAGAUUCCAAAUCCCAUGUAUUAUAUCGGCUAGACCUGAACCUACAAGUCUCUUGAUUGAAUCCAAUUACAAAGAGAUUUCAAACUAUUUCGGUGGUUAUUUUAUUUCGGGUAUUAUGCACUAAAACUGUUUCAGUUUUUUGUCUUUCGUUUCUAAUAAUGCAAGUUUCUAGACGUCUUGGAAUGUAUUCUGAGACCUUAAUAUAGUGAGUAAUUAUUAUUCAUGCAUUAUCAGUUAUUCCGAUCUUUUAUAGUGUGAAAAAGUUAAUCUGAUCCGGGAUCAUGUGAUCAAGAAGCUCUUGAUUCUUAAUCAUUAGAUCAAGAAGCUCUUGUAAUCUUUUGAGUCAAAAUAAUAAUUUAUCUAUGUUUCAAUUUUGUA